AUGCUCUCAUUAUCUUCCCUCGGUCUCCAGGGGGCUUGUGCCUUCGCGCUGCUAUGGACCCUGGUGCUGAGUCCGCUGGCGACGGCCAGUUCGGCCGCCGAUUACUACGUGCGCUCGCUUCCAGGCGCUCCGGCUGGGCCUCUCUUGAAGAUGCAUGCUGGACAUAUCGAGGUCGACCCUGAGACCAACGGUAACCUGUUCUUCUGGCAUUACCAAAACCGCCACAUUGCGAACCGACAGCGAACCGUCAUCUGGUUGAACGGCGGGCCUGGAUGCAGCUCAAUGGAUGGCGCGCUGAUGGAGGUUGGGCCCUACCGACUCAAGAAUGAUCAUACGUUGGAAUACAACAAUGGCUCCUGGGCCGAGUUUGCCAAUUUGCUCUUCGUCGACCAGCCCGUGGGCACGGGCUUCAGCUACGUCAGCACGAACAAAUAUCUGUCCGAGCUGAAUGAAAUGUCUGCGCAUUUUAUGGUCUUCUUGGAGAAGUUCUUUGAGCUGUUCCCCGAGUACGAACGCGAUGAUAUCUACCUCUCGGGCGAAUCUUAUGCUGGUCAACAUAUCCCCCAUAUCGCGAAAGCCAUCCAGGAGCGGAACAAAGUUGCUGCAAAGGAGGGCAAAACACAAUGGCCGAUCAAAGGUCUGUUGAUCGGGAAUGGCUGGAUCUCGCCCAAGGAUCAAUACCCUGCCAACUUUGAUUUUGCUCGGAGGCAAGGUCUCCUUCAAGAGGGAACUCAGACCUACCGACAGCUGGAAGCCCUGCAGUCUGUCUGUCUUGCGAAACUCGAGGACGCCGGGGGUAAUAAGCUGCAUACCCCAGAAUGUGAGGUGGUCUUGAGAGAAUUCCUCCAGCUCACCGUCCAAGACGGUCAGUGUUACAACAUGUACGACAUCCGUUUGAAGGACACAUUUGCGUCGUGUGGAAUGAACUGGCCGCCGGACCUGGAAUACAUGGAGCCAUACCUUCGGCGGGACGAUGUCAUCGAGGCCUUGAACAUCAACCCCGCCAAGAAGACGGGCUGGCAAGAAUGCACCAACAUGGUCAGCGACGCCUUUAAAGCCAGCAACUCUGUCCCUGCCAUCGACCUACUUCCUGGUCUGCUGGAAUCCAACGUUAAAGUACUUCUGUUCAGCGGCGACCAGGACCUGAUCUGCAAUCAUCUCGGUACGGAGCAAUUGAUCCACAAUAUGAAAUGGAAGGGUGGCACCGGCUUCGAGACCUCGCCUGGGGUUUGGGCUCGGCGCCAUGACUGGUCGUUCGAAGGCGAGCCGGCCGGCAUCUACCAACACGCGCGCAACUUGACCUACGUGCUCUUUUACAACGCCAGCCACAUGGUUCCCUUUGAUAUGCCCCGCCAAAGCCGGGAUAUGCUGGAUCGUUUCCUGAGAGUCGAUAUCGCCAGCAUUGGCGGCCGGCCGGCCGACUCCCGCAUCGACGGCGAGAAGUUGCCCCAAACCUCGGUUGGUGGUCAGGCCAAUAGCACCACCGCUGAGCAACAUGAAAAGGAAAAGAUGAAACAAACCGAGUUGCACGCCUACACCAAGUCUGGUGAGGCGAUUCUGGUGAUUGUGAUUAUCGGCGUUAUCGUUUGGGGAUUCUUCAUCUGGCGCAGUCGCCGCUCUCACCAAGGCUACCGUGGUGUCUUGAACAAAGAGCCGGGCACCGGCUCGGUGCUAGACCGGUUCCAUAACAAGCACUCUAGUUCCGAUGUUGAAGCCGGUGAUUUUGAUGAGUCUGAGUUGGACCAACUUCAUUUGCCCGAAGCCGAGAGCGAGCAUUACACGGUCGGCGACGCCAGUGAUGACGAGGAUUAUGGUACUCACCCUACUCAUCCCUCGGCCUCAAACCGCGGCCCUUGA